AUGGCGCCACACAGCGCAGCAAGCCCUCCAAGCGGGCGGAAUGCCCCCGCAUCUGACCGCCGCGACUAUGACGUUCUUCAGCGGCUGGCAGCGCUCGAGCAAGCGCACAAGGCGAAGGAAGCGGAGGAGUUCCUUGAGAGGGUCGAGGAGGUUCACGAGACGAUCCGCGGCCUCAUUGACGGCACCGUCGACGCCAACGAACUCGAGCGACAGGAAGAGCGCGCAAAGUGGCGGGAGAAAGCCAAGCACAUAAAGAAGGAGGAAGAGCGCGCGCGAGAGCAAGAGGCGCUGGCGAUGGGAUGUGAGGGCAAAGGCGAGAAUGCGAGACGCCCCUACACGUUCUUCUGUCGCGCCUGCCUGGUAGAGUUCACCCUGCCGUCGAUGACGGACUGCAGCCGGUGUGGGCGGCCGGUCAUGACGCGGGAGGCGCGUUUGGCUCAGCUCGAGGAGAAGGUAGGACUGCUGAAAGAAGAGAAAGCGAAGCACUUGACGCGAAAGGCGCGGUGGAAACAGUGGCUCAACACGCGCAAGCACGUGCGCAGGAGCAAAGUCAUCCACUACCAGACCUGGGAGAUCUGGGAGCCCUCGACCGACGAGGAGGAGCGGGAGAACGCGGCCCCCAUCACCCCUGCCAACGACCCCACGUUCCAGGCGCUAGAAAAGGAUCUCAAGGCAAGUGAGACUCAGCGACAGAGCCGCAAGCGCGCGGCGAUCCGCUGCAAAGAGCGGGGAAACUUGCUCCUGAAGAAAGGUGACCUCGUCGGCGCACUCGAGGCCUACGACGAAGGCCUAGAGCACCGUCGAGACGUCAAAGAGCUGUGGACUAACAAAGCGCUCGUUCUCCUCAAACUCAAGAAGUACGAAGAAGUCUGCCAGGCCGUCACCACCCUCCUCGAAUACUGCGAAAUAUUUGAAGACGGGUACGAGAAGUCUGCCGCCGCGUGCUUCAAAGCGCUCUGCAGGCGCGCGCUCGCCCAGCGCGCCCUCCAUCGGUGGGAAGAGGCUCUCUGCGACUUCCGGCAAGCGACGCGACUCUAUCCAAAAGACUGCGACGCAAACAGCCUCCUCAAGGAGACAGAGAUGCAAGUCCUGCGACUCCGCGAGCUUGACAGCGUCUUCAACGAACGCCAAACGGCAAAAGAAAGCAACGCAUGCACCGCCGAAAAACGGCAGUCGCGCCCAGCGCCAGUGUCGCCCCCUUUCCCCUCAGCCUCCUCUUCUGUCGCUCUCGCGUCUAUUUCCUUCGCUUCAGCAGAGCAGACAGGCGGCUCCCAGACAGGGCGGUUGGUUCCUGAGACGCCUUGGGAGGGUGAGUCGGCGACGGCCGCCGCCGCGCUGCCCGAGUCUGCGGCUGAGGGGGAAGCUGCAGUGCGAGGGCGAACGAACACUGAAGAAGCAGACGAAUCAAAAAGACUCGCGAUCGCAGGCGAGCGCGGAAGUGAACCAGACGCUCCCGCAGAGGCAGACAGCGCACACCGGGGCGCGCACUCCGGACGGAGACGAACUGCGAAGGAAACAGACGCGAAAACCGCGGGGACCGGGCUCGAACAAGAGAGAGAUACCGCAGAAAACACUGCUCCGGGACGUCUCGUGGCUCGGUGCUUUAGUUCGGCCUCUACGGCCUUCCCGUCUCCGCGAUCUCCCACAGCGUGCUCUCCCCGCUUCCUCGCCUCUCCGCCAAAUUCUUCGCCGCCUCCUGCUCCUUCUUCUCAUGAGCGUCCCUCUCCUCUUUCUUCUUCUUCCUCUGCGUCUGUGUCGUCUCGCUGCGGUCAGGUCUCUUCGCCGGACGCGGGGGCUCGAGGCGCUGCUUGCCCGCCGGGAGAGGCGGGUCAUCCCCAGCCCGCGCUCUUGCAGCCGCCCGCGGUCAGAUCGCUGCAUCGCCUCGACGCCGUGCUCGGCGACUCGCUGCGGCGUGGGCGCACGUUCGCGUCUCUUUCGGGAUCCCGCCUCCAGGAGAGCCUCCAAAUCCUGAGAGAAGACGCCACGGCGCGCCUGUGGUUUUGGGACUUUCCGCUCGCGCUCUCCCGCGGAGUGCGUCAAGCCGAGGAGGAGGAGGGAGAGGUCGGGGGGGAGAGGGAGGGGGAGGAGACGCAGCACGCGAAGGAAGCGGCGAAUCCCCAACCAGGCCCCGCGAGUGUCUCCGCGGAGCUCCACGGCGCCCGCGACCAGCCAGGAGGCGCGGAGGAAGCGCGCGAGGCGAAAGGAGGCGAGCAGCGCGACGCAAGCCGUGCCCGCCAGGGAGCGGUGGCUAGGCGACGCGAGAAGAUCGGCGACACAUCGGGGAAGAUCAUGUCGCCACGCGAUGUGGCGAUAGAGGAGAUCUGCGCUGCCGCCAGCCAAGUGCGAAGGCUGCAGCGAGAGAGAGAAGAAUGGGACCUGCGGAGCGACUCCCACAGCGGGCAGCCCGCUAGCGAGCCGGCGGCGGAGGCCCAGCAGGGGACGCUGGCGACGAGUCGCACGCUCCAAGUCCUCGUCGCGUGCGCGAAUGCCCUCCGCUGCCUUCACUGCGUCUGCAGCUUCACCGAGGCGGCCGCAUCCUCCGCCGCGGACGCCGCGGAGAGCCCGCCCGAGGCUGCUGCCCAGGAGGCGCCUUCUGGCCUGCGGAGGUCGUCGUCUCCCUCCGCGAGCCCGUCAGCGCCUGUUUCGCUUUGGGAGGUCUGCGACGCGAGUGCCUCUGCGCUUCUCACGCUCCUCGGCGCAGUCCGCGCCGCGGGGUCCGGCGCCGCUCACGGGACCGCGCCCUGCGACCGCGAGGAGCUCCUCGCGGUCGCGACCGCAGGGAGCAGCCCGAGCUCGACGGCGAGCCCCGCGCCUGGGGGGGAGGGCGGCGAGGGCGCCGCGCUGGGCGACGUGAAGGCGCUUCUGCUCGGCCUGCUGCAUGCCUUCUCGCUGCAGGCGAUGUCGCGGCGGAAGCUCGUGGAACACCUGCUUCGUCGCAGAGAUCUCGGCGCGCUGAUCCUCGAUCUCCUCGCGCAAAUGCGGCGCCGCCCGCGGGUGCCUCUCCGCGCGCGCGAGGACGCAGGAGCCCUCCUUUGCAACUUACUCCUCGAGCGCUCCGUUCAGGUCUUCGUGGCGGCAUCUGCUCGCCCGUCGGGGGCCGCAGGCGCGCAGGCGGCGGAGGGCGACUGCGGGCGCCCUCGCACAAGCCGCGACGGCAGCGCAAAAGGGGCGAACCGUGGAGCUCCACGAAGAAGCCGCGCGUGCGGGAGAGAGGUCGCGCGCGAAGGCGACCGGGGAGUCCCAGAGAGCGCGGAGUCCAGGCGCGUGGAGAGCCAGGCGGAGACGAGGGAGGAGACGACCGCGCAGGAGAUACUGCCCGCGCUGUGGGAUGUCGUUCACUCGCGCGUCAAGGCCCUGACGCGGCGGCAGGCGCUGCAGGCGAGACUCGAGCGCAUGGUGCACGAGGCACUCAUGGACAGCGGCGGAGAAGAGGAAAUCGGAGACGCGACAGACACCGCCAGAAAGAUCUGGCGGGAGUUGGAUGCGCUGCAGCAGGAAGCCACAGAAGGCGCUGCCGAGAAGACCAGAGGAUUUGAGCGCAGGCGCCGCUUCGCGGAGGCGCUUGGGCGGUUGCGAUCGGCCGCCGCAAGAAAAAACGACGCGUCGCUCUCGCAGCUCCUUGCAGAGCUCGCCGAGGACGCGCCAGAGACAGACCAAGUCAGCGCUGACGUGAAGCAGUGCCUCUCAAUCCUCACGAAUCUCUCCCGACUCCCUGCGUUGCGCCUCGCGAUUCUGAAGAAUCUCCAACGGCCCCUGUAUCAGCUCACAAAGCUGUUGGGCGCAUGCGCGCCCUCGUCUUGGGAGUUGCCGUCCUGCAGACACAAGCCAGAUUCGCCCGCCUUCAGCGCCUUCAGCGUGCCCACACUGCCUGCGGCGGAGUUCCUCGGGCUGCUUGCCAAUCUGACAACACCUGGAUCUGCAACACGUUCAACCCAAGAGGACGAGGCCCUCGGCGCGCACCAGAGGCAACUCCUCGCAGACGAGGCGAUCCUGACUCUCCUUCGAGCGUUUAUCGCGGGAACGGAGUCCGGAGGAGAUGAGGCGAACGACGCGAGAGCUCGCGUCGUUCGCCUGAUCUCGCAGCGCGAGGCAGAGCUGCUUAUCACCAGAAGCCUCACGCUCGCUUGCCGAUUGAUCUCUGCGGUCGCCACCAGCGAGAGCUCCGCCAGCCGCAGCCCAGGCGCGGGCCUCUGCUGUUCCUCUCCGUCGCGUCCACCUUCGCCUCCUUCCAGCGCGAGCUCCGCCUCAUCUCUGACGUGUUUCUGUCGACCUCUUUCCUCUGGGGAUGUCGCGCGCGCACUCUGUCCGCCGCUCUGCAGCCUGCUGCGACUGCCUGGCCCCGCGGAGAGCGGCGCAGCGAAGAGCGAGCGGGAGGGAGAAGCAGGCGACGGCGUCAGCGUCGUCACCAGCCACGCCGUUCAACUCCUCUGCGCACUCGCCCAGCAAGCGCCCUUUCUCGCCACGGCUGCCGAAGCUGAGGCGGCGCUGCAGUCGCAGCGCGGGGAGCGAGAGGCGAAGAGCGAAGGCGAGAGCGCACCGGACUCCGAGGCACGACGCGCGGCGCAGAAAGAAGAAUGCAGGCGAGGCGGCUGCGCGUCAGCCGAGACGCAGCCGCAGGACGACGAGAAGAGAACACCGAUGCGACAAGAGAAGAGCGUCGAAAACGAGGACACAGAGCGGGGCGCGCGCGACGCAUCGCCGCACGCGGAAGCGAGUCUGAGGCUGACGGCGAUCCUGAAGCGUGUCUGCGACCUCCUACAGGCUGUGGCGCCGCAAAAGUACGCGGAAAGCGAAGACGAGAUGAAAACGCCGAGAGCUCUCAUACGCGGAAACCUCCUCUUGUUCGUUGGCCUCGCCGCCAAGGCGCAACUCGCAGCGACCACCCGCAACUCGGAGAAGAAGAGGGGUCAGCUGAGCGUCGCGCAGAACGGAAACCGAGGCGCGCAGGAGGGAAGCACGCCGCCAGCUACCUCCGCCACAGGCCGCGUGGAACCUGAAGCGCGAGCGGCAGAGACUUUCAGGGCCCCAGAUGCUCGCCACCAGACGGAUGAAGCGACGGAGAAAAGAGAUGGCGGAGACUGCGUCCUCGAGGCCCUGGAUAUGACCGGCGCGAUCUUCUGCUGCAUCGAGGCUCUGCGGAAAGACGUCGGCGGCCCCCAGCGCAACGCAGCCGUGACGCUCGCCGCCCUCGCGCAGGUCGCCAAGUACAAGCCCGCGAUCGUCGCGCUGCGAGGCAUGGAGAGCCUCAUGCAGAUCGCCGUGCCUCUGCUGCUGGGGAAAAAGUGA